GUUGGCUGCCAAGUUCCGACGAGAUCGAACGUCGUUCCUACGGCGCCGAUUUAUAAAAAUAAUAAUAAAUCGUUCGCCGAAUCGAGUUCAGAUCGCAUUUUUAUUAUUACUAUACUAUACGAUAUCGUAUACAGCUCUGUUGGCUGAAACGUUUUUUUUUUUAGCAUAAUAUUAUAAUAUAGUCUGACGGCGAUGCGUUUCGCGGCGGCGAUGUUAGCGUCGCCACUAAUGGCCGCGUGCCUCUGCAGUCUGUUCGUUACCAGUCGGACGGCAGUGGUGUCCAAAGGUGAUGGCAGUGGCGACGGGGCCCUGUACCUGACGCCCCUGAUACAGGCGGGCCGGCUCGACGAGGCGCGACUCGCGUCCAAGGUGAAACCCCUGAAGGCGGCCAUCGAGAGCUACUCCGGUUACCUGACCGUGGACGAGGCGCACGGUUCCAACAUGUUCUUCUGGUUCUUCCCGGCCAUGAGCGGCGCCAAAGACGCGCCCGUCAUGCUGUGGCUGCAAGGCGGCCCCGGCGCGUCCAGCCUGUACGCCGUGUUCGACGAACACGGCCCGUUCUCGGUGGGCAAGAGUCACGGGCUCAAGCUGCGCAACCACACGUGGGUGGCCACCCACUCGAUGCUGUACUUGGACAACCCGGUGGGCACGGGGUACAGCUUCACCAAAGACGAGGCGGGUUACAGCGCCAACCAGACGUCCGUCGGUCUCAACGCGUACAACGCCCUAGUGCAGUUCUUCACGCUGUUCCACGAGUACCAGCCCAACGAUUUCUACGUGACCGGCGAGUCGUACGCGGGUAAGUACGUGCCGGCAAUAUCGUACGCCAUACACCUGAAUAACCCCGGGUCAAAAGUCAAGAUUAACCUCAAGGGACUGGCUAUCGGCAACGGUCUGGUCGACCCCAUCAACCAGUUGAAGUACAGCGAAUACCUUUACCAGCACGGGUUUGUCGACGAUUACGGGAAGCAAGAGUUGGAUGAACUGGAAAACUUAGCCCACGCCCAAAUCGUCAACGACGACUACCUGGGCGCUUUCAAAACUUUCGACAAACUGUUGAACGGCGACAUCUAUCCGUACCCGUCGCUGUUCCAGAACUUAACCGGCAUGAAGUAUUACUUCAACAUGCUGUGGGACCGGGACCCGACGCCGUACGGCGACUGGGAGAAGUACGUGCAAGAGCCGUUCAUGAGGGAAGCGCUGCACGUGGGCCAGAAUCCGCUGAACAACGGCACGUCGGUCGAACACCACCUGACGGAGGACAUGAUGCGGUCGGUGGCCCCGUGGCUGGCCGCCCUGCUGGACGCCGGCCAGUACCGCGUGCUGUUGUACUCCGGCCAGCUGGACAUCAUUGUUCCGUAUCGCGGCACGAUGAACAUGGUCAAGUCGCUGAAGUGGUCGGGCUCGGAGCGGUUCCAGAACGCCACGCGGACCAUUUGGCGGGUGGGCCACGAAAACGCGACGGUCGUGGCCGGUUACGCGACCACGGCCGAUCCGCUGACCGUGUUGCUGGUGAGGGACGCCGGUCACAUGGUGCCGGCGGACCAGCCGAUCUGGGGCCUGGACAUGAUCAACCGAUUCACGACCGGCAAACCGUUUUGACCGGACCGCACCGCUGCAAUAUCGUAACAUAAUAUAAUAUUAUAAUUUUAUGUUCUCACAAUAAUUAUUGUUAUACGUUUAAUUUUUUUUAACCGACGAGUUGAAUAUUUAUAUAUUAUGUUAUUAUAAUUUAUAAUCGAAUUCAGUCGUUAAAUAUAUAUAUAUAAUAUUACAA